AUGGGCGUGGUCCAAGUGGUGGUGACACAAUUGCUCUAUUUCGGCCUCUGGGGCUUGGUAGAGGGCAUCGGCAUCCGGAUUUUGCUGGAAUGCAUGUAUCUGGUUCCUUUAUCUCAGCUGCGUCUGCAACGGCCGCAGAAAAGUUCGCCUGCGAGCGCGACGCACUGGCAGGUGGCGCGGAUCGUUGUGGUCGUGCUGUAUUUCCUGUAUACACUGCAUCGCAACUACGAGGCCAUCGCACCGAACGCGUAUGAAAUGCUAGGACUGCGUCCGCUUGCGGAUGAUACAAGCAUUAAGCGCCAGUUUCGCCAGUAUGCGCGGCUGUACCACCCGGACAAGACUGGCGUGAGUGACGAUGCAAUGUUUAUCCGUCUGCACCGUGCGUACGCAAUCCUCUCGGAUCCUGUGACGCGCUUUGCAUACGAUCGAUUUGGCUUUUUGGUUGAGGAAUGGCGCGAGCUGGUGACGCCGCGCGAGUACAUUCGCCGUGGUAUGUAUGCGCUGUGCAUCGACCACGCGUAUCUGCUCGGCGCGCAAGCGCUUGCGUGGGCCGCGAUGCGCUCGAACCAUCGUUCAGUUGGAGGUGGGACGUACUGGAGCGUGCUUUUGCAGGUGUACAUGGCCGCGUACCAAGCAAAGCUUAUCUUGCGCAGCGGGUCGCCGCCCCGCUUCCUCCUCUCGCGGUAUUUGACUGUCGACCAGAUGAAUACAUUGCUGCUGCGCUCGUUUAUGCCCAAUAUGCUGGCCCUGGAGCAAUGCUGUGGAAGUAUUGUUACCCUGAGCAAUAUGGGGCGUUUGUCUCAUUUUCAAUGGGCAAGUCACGGCAAGCCGCUCGUGCAAGAGUCGCCACAGGCUAUACUCAACAUGCAAAUCGCCGCGGUGCUCCAGGAAGAGCCGCAGACACUACUCGAUGCCCAGCAACAAAUCGAGUUGCUUGUAGGCGCGUCGAUGCAGCUGGAAGCAAAGGUGCGUGCGUGCGCAUCUAUUGCGCAACAUGAUGCGAAACGUGCACCUGCUGAUGCAUCUCAAAACGACACCGAUGCACCUGCGCAUGCCGACGAACAAUGCCACGCACCCGAAGCCGGGUGUGCAACACAGACAGCGACGGCUGCGGACCAUCACGCAGCACAAGCAGACAAGCCCAUACCUUGCGCUCCAGUACCUGUGGAUGCUGUUAUGCCCGUGCAAGCACCGCCGUCCACCGCGCGCGUUUCUUUGCCCCACACCGCUAGCCACGACGUAGUUUGA